AUUGUUUUCUUCUCUCCUCAAAAUGAAACCCAAAUGCCUGCCCUACUGGAAAAUAAACACCCACUGAGACCUGGGCCCUGGGGCAUGCUCCUGCACCUGGUUUGGCAUGUUCCCUCCCCGUCUGAAGUCCAUCCAAGUCUUGCUUUGUUCAAAUGGCCACUGUGAUAGAACACCUUAAAAUUUUAUCUCGGGCUGCUGCAAGCUGGCGACGCAACUUGGAUUGUGCACUCUGACUCCACCGUCACCAUAAAGCAUUUCUGUCAGACCAUCCAUGAGCUCGGAUUUCCAGCAUUACAGUUUCAGGAUGCCAAACAUUGGAUUCCAGAACCUGCCUCUCAACAUAUACAUUGUGGUCUUUGGCACAGCCAUAUUCGUCUUCAUCCUUAGUUUGCUCUUCUGCUGCUACCUGAUCAGGCUCCGACACCAAGCCCACAAAGAGCUCUAUGCCUACAAACAGGUUAUUCUAAAAGAAAAAGUAAAAGAACUCAACUUGCACGAGAUCUGUGCAGUUUGUUUGGAGGAAUUUAAGCCCAAAGAUGAACUGGGGAUCUGUCCGUGCAAACAUGCCUUCCACAGAAAGUGCCUCAUCAAGUGGCUGGAGGUGCGCAAGGUGUGCCCGCUGUGCAACAUGCCCGUCCUUCAGCUGGCCCAACUUCACAGCAAACAAAAUGACCCUGGCCCCCCACAGGAGCCCCUGCCCGGGGCAGCAAACCUCGUAUAGCUUCCCUCAAACAAUGCACUUUUCUAGCGCACCUGAUCGCCCAUCGGACUCAUGCAGAGAUUCUCUCGCUGCUGAACUUGUUUCUUGCGGCCUCGGAGGAUCUUCCAGGAUUCCCUUUGUCUCUUGAAGGACUCUCAGUGUGCCCUGGGAGAAGGGGGAAGGCCAGAUGCUCGGACUACGGACACACCCGUAGCGCAACGUCAGCCAGUGCAGCAAGAGGGGCCGAUGGGAAGUCUCUGGUUCUGGAAUUUUUUUUCUUCUGUUUUUUAAAAGAGCACUUUAUAAAGUUCGGUGCAAGCACCUUCGACUUGGGAUGGCGCAGAAACCCAAAGCCAUUUAAGGGAAACAGAAGCCGAGAUGAGCAGGCCCCCCCGUGCAUGUGGGGUGUGUGCGUCUUUGCAUCAUGGAACAAAAACAAGACUCCACACGCCCCUUCCUGUGCCACGUGAUUCCGCUGCUCCCUGGUGGUUACUUCAUACCGAAUUGCCUGUGGCUUCCGGAACGGUCAGCAUCAAGGCAUAAUCUUGACGUUGGAGGCUGCUCCGGGAUGCUUGCCAACGCUCUCCCUCUCGUGGUGGGAAGCAACAGUGAAACCCGCCCUCAGCCUCUGAGGAAGAGCGAGUGCUUAUUAGAGAGAACCGUUUGGAGAAAUCACAAAGAUGCACAGGACGUGUUUGGUUCAGGAGACGAUGGUUCACCGGUGCCCGGAUUGGAAGUGCUUAGUAAGGUGCUUGAAAUCCACGGUCCCUGCCUGAAAAAUAAAUGAUCCUUUAAGUGCCCCUGGAGAGAGAAACCAUUUCCUCUGUUAUUCAUCAACCGUUUCUUCAUCCAUGAGUUCUAAAGGGAGCAGCCAGCAAGAGGGGCUGAAGACGCUUGUAUCCGACACCAGAAUACGUCGGACUUCGUCCCACAGUGUGAAUCCAUUCUGAACUGUGCGCGAGCACAAAGUGCAUUUUCACGAAUGAGUCUUAAAGCGGCUUUUUCUGGGUUUGUCGUGUGCUAUCAUGGUCCCGAAUGCUCAUCUGCAGUACAAAUGCCUUUCCCCUGCUUAUAACAGCAACUACCGGUUCAGGCGAGCAGCCUCAGAGCGCCGGUAGAACCGUCCUUUGUCCUCCCCACCCUGUACUGCCUAACCUCUCUUUCACAGUUUAUAAUGUAAUUUGGGGCGGGGGGAGGCCAGAAAUCCACCCAGGAUAGCCACAUCGCUGCCACUCCGUGCCGGAUAUAAAUCAUUUGCCAGUCAAGGAGCCACAUUUUUUUCCAGCUAUACCAAACAAGGCGGAAGGGUUUUUUUUUCUUAGAAAAACAUUCUCCACUUUUUUUGUUUGCUUUUUAAAAAUCCUAAUCCUGAUUUCUGUGGAGCUGGUCUGAAAAAGUCAGCAGAGAGUAUGUUGUGAAAUCUCAGAGGCCCUUAGGGCUAUAAGAGGAGGGAGCCGAGCACAGAGAUAAGUCUUUUGCGUACGUUCCUCCCUGUCACUGCUGAAAGUGGAACAAAUAAUACAAAAUCAGCCCGAUAUAUGAUAGAUUGCAUAAUUUGUCUUUUUCUCCCUUUGGGAUUUGGUUUCCGUGGUCAGAAAUUGGACUUUUUUAGUACUGGAGAUCCUCCGUAAUGCUUAUUUAUGGUGAUGGCUCUGACAUAUGGCUACAGUGGUAGAGCGUCCACUUUGCAUGCAGAAGGACCCAAAUUCCGUCCCUGUCGUCUCCAGUUUAUAAAGAAGGAUCAGGAAGCUGGUCAUGUGAACAAAAGAUUGCUACGAUCCUGGAGAGCUACUGCCAGCGAGAGUAGGCAAGACUGACCUUGUUAGGCAGGUGAUCUGACUUGGUACCAGUCGGAUUUGUGUCUGAACUAGAGCAUCAACUGGGGGUGUCUCCGCAUUCAACUUUGAGUGCAUCACGUUAGCAUUGCAGCUGAACUCAUGCAUUUUUGUUCGGCAUUAGGCUGUGGUUUUGCAAAUCUGUGUUGCAGUGCUGGGCCUGAGCUAUUCAGUGAUAGGAGUUUCAGGCAGAUAGCCAUGUCGGUCGGCAGCCGAACUGCUGGAUUUUAGUGCAGUAGCACUUUAGAGACCCACAAGAUGUUCAAGGUGUAAGCUUUCAAGAGUCUCAGUUCUUUGGAGGCAAAAUCUCUGCAGCUGACGUGCAAAGGCUCCCGUAUUUGGUAAAUGGGUUUUGCAGGUUUUAAAAACAAAAUCUUGCAAAACCACUUUGAUCAGAGGCAAUGGACGGGCUGGAAAAGAACAUGUCUGUUGUUCCUGAUGAGAAGUAGUGUGACCCACUCAGACUUCUAACUCUCUCACAAACUAGGAUCUCUGUCCAGUCUCAGAUGUUCCACUUCUGUCCGUGGUUUACCCAAUGCCAGAUUAGUCCCGGUCAGUUUUCCCAUUUCUCCCACUGAUUAACAGACACGCUACAUUCUUUCCAAAAAGACCCACCAAGUCCAUUGCAAAGCUCAGCAGCUUUGCGCUGUUUGCCGGCUGACAACUUCACUGGUUUGGGGAAUUUAAAGGGCUGAUGUUUUAAUAAAGGUGCCGUCUUGUGCCGAUGUUUUGGCCAGUUGAAAACCUGCUGGGCCAGUCUCAGAUUCACUUUUAUGAGGUCCACCCUUUCUGGAAUCUUGCUGAACAGUUUUAUCUACCUCUGUAGGGUUUUUCUUUCCUUUCGCUCCAGUAUAAAACGUAUAAACAAAGGUUCGUGCAAUUAACUUAUAGCCUGACGAGUCCUAGGAAAUUCAGCUAUUCGAAUUUUGAUUUUCUUACAAUAAUAAUCUUCAGGAGUGUUGGGUUACGAUCUAGAACAUUUGAAAAUAGAACAGUAAUAUCUCCCAGGGGGCUCAGAAAUCUUCAGGUUUAUAGGGAAAGCUGUGAUAGCUAAACAUUUGAUGCUGGCACCUAAGAAUUUUGAUUUGUCCCGAUCCUCAAAGUAGGGUGUAAUGGUUAAAGUGAAUUGGAUAUAUAUUUUUUUAAAGUUGCAAAUACGUAGCCCUAAAAUUUGAAUGCUUGCCGGUUUGUUAGUGAUGCAGGUUUCAGUGAUGAAAAUUUGGCUUCUGUGGCUAGAAUUCUAGCUUUUCCAAGUAACGAUUCCAUUUCUCGAUCAGUAUUCUGUAAAAUGUCAGUGCUGUGUUAGUAAUAUCAGUUCUGUAAUUCCAAAUGUGGAAAUUGUGUAUAAUUCUGGCAGGUCCUCCUUUUGGGCUCUGAUUUCCCUGGUCGCUGCAGAAAACGUGGCUCCUAAGAAUAUUGCUCUGCCUAAGAGCAGAUCGGAACCCAGUUUACCCUUCUCUAUGAAUUUGACUUCCUGAAAACAAUACGAAUGAGCUUGCAUUAUAAAACACAAGUUCCUGGUCCUUAUUGUUGCAGAGGAAUCUCUGACGGCAAGACUGUGUGGUAACGAUAAACUGUGUGUUGUCUUUUCAGUGUAUACAAAAGAAGCAGGGUGUUAUCCCAAAACAUUGUCCUCCCUUUCAAGUUUGGUUAAGCAACAAUACGUGCUGUGCAAAAGAUACAGCAAAGAAAUUCUUCUGCGUUGCAUUGUACUGUAUAGAUUUUGUCUAACAAUGGCACAGACUGUUCUUCCCAGCCCUUUUAAAGUAGGGCAGCCUUCCAAUAACUUGGCAAGCAUUUCAGGAGUUGCUCCUGCCUAGACUUACGAUAGUCUUGACCACUUGAGAUCGCCCAAGACUCAGUUUAAUCUCUUCCCUUCCAACCUUCUUGUAAAUAGUGCGGAACUCGCAGAAGUGUUUAUGAACUUCGAGGCUGCUCCCCAGUUCAUAGACUUGUCUGUACACUAAAAUAAGUAAAAUUCUGCAGCAGAGUAUUUUUUUUAAAUAAGAAAGGAAAAAAAACUUUUGCUGGGUUUUUAUUUUGUAAGCUAUAUUUUUGUAUAUUUAAUUGCUAUUUUAAAAAUAAAUCUAAUGCAUCCUUUUUGCUAAUUACUGUUCUUAAACUGCCCGGGGAAGGGGAGGGAAGGAAAUGUAAAAGUUUGCAUGUGAUUUGACUUGAACUGUAAAUAAAGGCAGAUUUUGGAAG